AUGAGGUCUUUAACACUCAUGCCAGCCCUGCUGGCCCUCUCCCGGGCCGCCGCGAUCCCCAAUCCCACCCAGCCCGCCCACCUCGCCGUCUCCGACGAGGACCUCGACGCCGCCAUCAAGGAGCCCCUAGUGAACUUCGUCAACGGCCCCGUUUACGGACUGCCCUGGUACCCGGACGACCCGUCCCCGCCCUCCGCCAACCCCUUCAAGCCCUACCGCGAGGAUGCGAGAGUCGACGACGGGGUCAAGGGCACCUCGGCGCUGUCCAACGGCGCCAUGGUCUGGGCGUCCCUCGAGCUUCAGGCCCUCGCCGCCGCCGCCGCCGCCGCCCGCGGCCCUAAUGAUAUCGACGACGACGCCGUGAUCCCCAGCGAGGAGGACGUCAGGCUCAUCACCGACAUGGUGCUGGACGAUGGUUACGCCUUCCCGGACGACGAGGUCCUCGGCAGGAGGUCCGUCGAGACGCGCUCCCGGGACCUCGAGGAGAUCGCCAAGGGGCCCGCCGGCGCCGCCGCCAACGCCACUCUCCCGGCCGACUACCACCGCGGGCUGACAAAGGACCAGCUGUGCUCGGCCUUUGGCGGCCUCACGUGGAAGGCGAGCGAGCUGAUGACGCCCGUGUACCAGUGGCAGCCCGAAUACGUGCCCUGGCUGGUUGACAACAAGGGCCCUUACGUCUACGUCCUCGACGGCCUCCGUCACAUGGAAUGGAUCCUGUGGAAGAUCAACCGCGGUCUGCAGUACACCACCCUCUUCACCCCCGAAGAGGAGCAAGCCAUCGUGCGCUGCUGGUACCAGUUCUCCGGCAUCGAGUGGCAGAGGAUCCGCCCCGUCAACUACACCAAUGAGCCCUCCCCCAGCCGCAAGCCGGUCCAGUUGUCGCAACCCUCCGUGAACAAAGAGCCCCUCCCCGGCCCUUUCCACCCCAAGCCCUGGUCCACCCCCCGUCCCUCGCUCAAGAAGCUCCUCCGCGUCAUCACGGUCAAGGCGCCCGUGUCCAGGUACCAGUCGUACGCCACCCGCCGCAUCCACAAGGUCCUGGUCAGCCUCGAAAUCUCCCUCAUGGAGACGAUGCAAGACCCGAGAAUGAGGGACUAUAUAGUCUACGAUACUCAAAAGGGCCAGGGCAUCGAGCAGGCCCUCCGCCUGGCCAAGGAAGCCUACGAUUGGAAACUGGUGGCCCCGCUUUAG